AUGGGACGAAGGAAGAUAGAGAUCAAACCCAUUCGGGACGAUCGCAACAGAUCCGUCACCUUCCUCAAGCGCAAAGGCGGCCUGUUUAAGAAGGCGCACGAGUUGUCCGUCUUGUGCUCCGUCGACGUCGCUGUCAUCAUCUUCGGCCACAACAAGAAGCUGUACGAGUAUUCGUCGGGCGAUAUCAACGAGACGGUCCAGCGCUUCCACUAUUACAGUGGCGCGCAUGAACACAAGGGCCCAACAGACUUUGCGGACAAGGGAGGCGGUGAUGAUGAGGAGGACGAAGAAGGCGGAGAGGAAGGAGAAGAGAGAGAAACACCGGCGCCUGACCAGCCGAUGAUGGGCAUGCAGCACCACCCUGGCUUCCAGCAUGUUAGAGGUGGUACACCACAAGGCUCGCCACCGAUGCAUAAUGGAGGUAUGCCGCAGUUUCAAAGAGGGCCGUCACCGCUGCCUCCAGGGAUAUCAAGGCCUGCAUCAAGACAGGCAGACCACCAAGGACACAUGCGGCGGACGAGCUCGAAUCUUGUCCCGCCACAUCAGCAGCAGCAACACGCAGGGGGUCCAAUGCCGCCACAGCCAAACUACGCCUACACGCCCAACCCACCGUUCUACAAUCCACAAGCAGCAGCGCAAAUGCAACGACCGCCUGGUCAGCCAGUGUCUGGUCCACCGCCACAGCAUCCGACGUACCCUCCUCCACCACAGCACGCAUCAUACCCGCCUCCAUAUCCACCACCUAACCACCCACAGAUGCAGCAAGUGAUGAUGCAAGAUAACAGAAGAUCUUCUAUGCCACCAGGAUACCCUCAGCAGCAAGCGCCACCACAAGCGAACAUGCAACGACAUCCAUCACAAGAACAUCUGCAACCACCUCAACACCCGCCGCCCCAUCCUUCGCCUCGACCACAGCAGCAACCUGGUAGGCCGUCACCCUCACCUCGACCACAGCAGCAGCAGUUUGCGAGCCCUCCGAUACCUCAGCCAAAGCCACUGCCCGCGCAUCAGAAGUCGCAUAGCAUAUUCACGCCGAUUGAUGACAGUCGGUCGAUGUUGGCAGCUGCGUGGGGAUCGUCCAAUAACGCCGAGCCUCCGCGUUCUGAUACGCAGGUGAAGAUUGAAUCUGGUGGGCCACGUUCUCAGUCGAUCGAUGUCGCAGGGUUGCAACGAGAAAAGGAUGUGGCGGGCUUGAGACCUAACGGUGUGUCGCCUCGACCUUCGCCUGGACGCGCGCCGCAAAGAUCGCCGCAGCCUGUUCAACGGACCGAGAGCGUACCUGCUGUGCCUAACGUGAGAGCGCCUACUCGACAGAACACAAAUCAGUCAGACGCGAAGCGACCACGACUGAAAGUGCAGAUACCGAGCGAGCAGUCAGGCGACGAAGGAGGCACGGCUGAGUCUGGACCGGAGGACACGAGUGUUUCCGGCCCUGGCAAUACCGCGACUGGCCAGCAACAACACCACAUGCCCUCUCAUGGCGUCGUGCUCCCACCACCUUCACCUUCAGCAGGCGCUCUACUCUCGGCCGGCGCACAAGGCCCCCCUAACCCGUUCGCCCGCCCUGCGCCACCAAUGAGCACAAAUCCGCACGCCAUCAACCGCGAAGCACCCAUGAAUCAACAAAACAAUAUCGAAACGCCCAUUUCCGCCCUUCCGAGCAGAUUCAUGAGCGAUAAUCUACUGCCGAGCCCGAGCACGUUCUACCCCGAAUGGGGUUUUGGCAGGCCAGCGGACGCUAAUAUGUUGCCGAGUCCGCUGAACUUUCAGACGCCGGUUGUGGCUAACGGUCAAGGGUGGAUUAGGAGUGAGGAAGACAGGAAGAGGGCGAAUGAUGAAGAAGGGGGUGGGGAUGUGAAGAAGCAGAGGCUCUAG